GUGUUUAAGAUUACAUGCAGAUAGCAUGGCGUUUAGCGGAUUAGUUGCUGUGUGUCGAAAGUCAUACUUACUAUAUUAUAAUUUUCAGAUAAAUUUAAAUAGCCUUUCUGUUGGAUGUAUAGGUGUUCUUGGAGGGAAUGUACAAACUCGAUGGCUUGGUCGGAAUACUCCUAAACGACGGAGGACCAAACCUCCUUUUUGGUGGCCUAGGAGAAAAAGGAAGUUUUUUGAAGAAGGAUUGACAAAAGAAAACAAGCAAAGUCUCCAGGAUGUCAUUAAAGACAAGUUUUUAGCUCCUGGAGAAAGUCCUUUAAAAGAACCCCCAUGGGAGAAGGGAGAAUGGACUUCAGGGUCAUGGAGGACAGGAGUCAUUGCCAAAAAGAUAGGUGUCUACCCUAUGUGGACUAAGUCAGGAGUAAGAUUAUUGACUACAUUACUACAGGUAGUUGAUAAUCAUGUAAUUAAGUACCAUCCUCCAGAAGCUUUUGUUAAUACACCAUUUGGAAAAAAAUAUGAAGGAAAAGGAUGUAUUGUAGUUGGAGCUGAAAGUUCUGAUCCUCAGCUGUUCACAGCAGAAUAUAAUGGACUCUUUAAAGAAGCUGGGGUAAUGCCUAAAAGAAAGCUGACUCGUUUCAUUGUUACGCCAAACGCAGCAAUUCAACCAGGGACACCUCUGUUCGCUGCUCACUUUCGACCAGGUGAUUACGUGAACGUCUUUGGGAAAACGUAAGUAUAAAAAUAUUAAAGUCUGUGAGGAAAUCGUUUGCU